GGUUUUUCAUACCCAAAUCUCUCUCUCUCUCUCUGAACAAAUUUCACAGCGGAUAAUGCGACAAUCCUCCAAGUAGAAAAAAUGGCGUAUUGGGGACGAAUUCACCAAUCGAAGCUCAAGCACUUGUCGUAUCAAUGGAAGAGAUGCUAUUUUCAAAACCAUUAUGCGUCUUCGUUCAUUUCCACUGCUUCUCGUGCGAGUCCGCGUCUUUUAAAAAAUCCCAGUUGUGUUAAACAAAACAGUAACAGACCCUCUGAUUUUUGCAAUAACAUGAGGGUUUUUGGUGCUUCAGCUCAGUCUUCAAGUUCGAGUUUACGAUUGCUUUCUGCUAAUGGGUGUGCCGGGAAUCGCCGUUUCAGUGUCUUCAAUGAGUUUUCAGAAAAAAUGAAAGGCGAAGCUAACAGAAAUCCAGAAUUCCAACAGUCACUCAAGGAGCUGAAAGAGAAAGCAGAAGAGCUAAAAGGGGUCAAAGAAGAUCUGAAAAAUAGAACAAAGCAGACAACUGAGCAACUGUACAAGCAUGUGGAUGGUGUGUGGACGGAGGCUGAAGCAACGGCUAAAAAGGUUUCUGCCAACAUGAAAGAGAAGAUUUCAGCUGCAACAGAGGAGGUCAAAGAAACUUUGGGGGUUGGUAAGCAAGAGUCUUCUGAAUUUAGUGGUACUUCAGCCAAUGAUGGCUCCAAUGUGAAAGAUGGAAGCAAGGCCUCAUCUGGAGAAGAGAAUUAUCAGCAGUCUGCAUCUGGUGAAACUGCAGAAACUUUGUUUAGCAAAUUUAAGUCCAGUCUUCCUUCCCAGAAGGUUUCUUUGGCAUUCCAGAAAUUAAAGGAAGCAAAGAUCACUGACUUAGCAAAGAAGGGAUAUGAUAUUGUAAGAGAUGAAUUAAGUGGUACGACAAGUAAGAAAAAACACCUGCAACAUAAUCCUUCCACAUCAACAGGUGAAAGAAGUACAAAAACUGAUAUCGUCAUUGUACCCACAAAGCAGUCCCCAUGGAGUAAAAAGUGGGAGGCAUUCAAAGAGAAGCUUCAUGGUAAUCCUACAUUCAAGCGUAUCAGCGGGUUUAGCGAACCUGUUGUCACAAAGAGUCAGGAGAUUGCAGAAGAUGUGCGGGAAAGAUGGGAGACAAGUGAUAACCCCAUUGUUCACAAAAUUCAGGAUCUCAAUGAAAGUAUCUUUCAAGAAACAGAUGCUGCAAUAUCAGUCAAGGAAAUACGGCAACGAGAUCCAUCUUUCUCCUUACCAGAGUUUGUGGCAGAAGUUCAGGAAGCGACCAGGCCAGUCCUCCAUGCUUACAUGAAGGCAGAUGUCGAAACUCUUCAGAAGUAUUGUGGCCCUGAAGUGAUAGAGCGGUGUAAAGCUGAGUAUAAGGCUUAUCAAAGCAAUGGCAUCUUUUUUGAUAACAAGAUUCUACAUAUAUCAGAUGUUGAAGUUAAAGAGACCAAAAUGAUGGGAAAUUCUCCCAUUAUAAUCUUUGUGUUCCAAACACAGCAGGUCUAUUGUGUACGUGAUAGACAUGGUUCAAUAAUAGAAGGGGGCCAGGAUACAAUCCACACUGUAUACUAUGCUUGGGCAAUGCAACUAGUAGAUGCAGAAGAACUUGGAGAUGGUGCUCUCUACCCAAUAUGGAGGCUAAGAGAAAUGCAACAAUUUGGAGUCCUAGCCCUAAUCUAGUUGCAGUCUCAUUUUGUUGAUGCAUGUUGUACUCCCCCCUUAUUUUUGGGGUACAAAUUGGCCUGGGUUUUGUUUCAUUCCAGGGAAACACUUGUUAGUAGGUAUUUCUUAUUUAUUUUUUACUGAAUAAAGAAAAGAGGUACAAUGCACUGUUCAUUCAUUUGAGAGA